GUAUAAAGUGCCGCAGGACAGAUACUAUACUAUCACUCCUCUCUUCUCCUGCGACCUGAGCUCUGCCCUAUUGGAUACCAAGUGACAUCAUGCCAUUCACUGGAACCUGGCAGGUCUAUGUGCAAGAGAAUUAUGACAAUUUCCUGAGGUCUGUAGGGUUGCCAGAAGAAAUUGUCAAAGUGGCCAAAGAUAUCAAUCCGGUGAUUGAAAUUCAACAAAAUGGAGACACUUUUGUUGUCACCUCAAAAACUCCAAACCGGACUCACAGCAAUACUUUCGUUGUCGGGAAGGAAUCAGAAAUUGAUAUGCCUAAUGGAAAGAAGAUUAAGGUCACCGUCAAUCUGGAAGGUGGAAAACUAGUCUGCAAGAGUGAUAAGUUUUGUCAUAUUCAAGAAAUUCAAGAAUCUGAAAUGGUGGAGACCAUCACCGUUGACUCAACAUCCAUGACAAGAAAAAGCAAGAAGAUUUAAAGUACAAACUGAAUUUUUUCGCUAUUUAACGACAGUACACUCUCAUAAGAAGAACUGUUCCUCUACAGCUCUGUUAGUUUUUGUUCACAAAAUGUACAGAUGUGGAAAAGACAUGUUUCAAAGGGUCACUGAUAAAACCAAA